AUGUAUGACGCGGACGAGGGUAGGUGUCCCCUGCGAGACACCCGUGUGCUGACCCACCUCAGCGGGGAAGCCGAGGGGUCCGGGGUGGGUGGAGGGUCUGCGGCCCGCCUCCCCAGCCCGCAGCCGCGGGACCCCCGCCCGAGCCGGGCCCGAGCCAGUUCCUAUUUUGAUGAAAAAGGCUUGGUGAGACAACAGCUGGAUUCUUUUGAUGAGUUUAUUCAGAUGUCAGUUCAAAGAAUUGUGGAAGAUGCUCCACCCAUUGACCUGCAAGCUGAAGCUCAGCAUGCUAGUGGAGAGGUUGAAGAACCGCCAAGAUACCUGCUAAAGUUUGAACAAAUUUAUCUCUCCAAGCCUACACAUUGGGAGAGAGAUGGUGCCCCUUCACCAAUGAUGCCCAAUGAAGCCAGAUUAAGAAAUCUCACGUAUUCUGCUCCACUUUAUGUUGACAUAACAAAAACAGUCAUUAAAGAAGGUGAAGAACAACUUCAGACUCAGCAUCAGAAAACUUUUAUAGGAAAGAUUCCAAUUAUGUUGCGUUCAACUUACUGCCUCUUGAAUGGCUUAACAGAUCGUGAUCUUUGUGAAUUAAAUGAAUGUCCUUUGGAUCCUGGUGGCUAUUUCAUCAUUAAUGGGUCAGAAAAGGUUCUAAUUGCUCAAGAGAAAAUGGCAACAAACACAGUCUACGUGUUUGCCAAAAAAGACUCUAAAUAUGCCUACACAGGAGAGUGUAGAUCAUGUCUGGAGAAUUCUUCCCGACCUACCAGUACUAUAUGGGUUAGCAUGCUGGCAAGAGGAGGACAGGGUGCAAAAAAGAGUGCUAUUGGUCAGCGCAUUGUGGCAACUCUACCAUAUAUCAAGCAAGAGGUUCCCAUCAUCAUUGUGUUCAGAGCUCUAGGUUUUGUGUCUGACCGAGAUAUCUUAGAACAUAUUAUUUAUGAUUUUGAAGACCCAGAGAUGAUGGAAAUGGUUAAACCUUCUCUUGAUGAAGCCUUCGUCAUUCAAGAACAGAAUGUUGCAUUAAAUUUCAUUGGUUCAAGAGGAGCAAAGCCUGGUGUUACUAAAGAGAAAAGAAUUAAAUAUGCAAAGGAAGUCUUACAAAAGGAAAUGCUUCCUCAUGUUGGUGUCAGCGAUUUUUGUGAGACUAAAAAAGCCUAUUUCUUGGGGUAUAUGGUUCAUAGGUUACUUCUAGCAGCUUUGGGUAGAAGAGAACUAGAUGACCGAGAUCACUAUGGGAACAAAAGAUUGGAUCUUGCUGGGCCCUUACUUGCAUUCUUAUUUAGAGGCAUGUUUAAGAAUUUGCUAAAAGAAGUACGGAUCUAUGCACAGAAAUUUAUUGAUCGAGGAAAGGACUUUAACUUGGAAUUGGCAAUUAAAACAAGAAUUAUAUCGGAUGGGCUCAAAUACUCUUUAGCUACUGGAAACUGGGGUGACCAAAAGAAAGCUCAUCAAGCCAGAGCUGGAGUAUCUCAGGUUUUAAACCGCCUGACUUUCGCUUCUACUCUUUCUCACCUGCGUCGAUUAAAUUCUCCUAUUGGUAGAGAUGGCAAGCUAGCAAAGCCAAGACAAUUGCAUAACACCCUGUGGGGAAUGGUGUGUCCUGCUGAGACCCCAGAGGGCCAUGCUGUAGGACUUGUGAAGAAUUUAGCCCUGAUGGCUUAUAUUUCUGUUGGAUCUCAACCAUCUCCAAUUCUGGAGUUUUUAGAAGAAUGGAGCAUGGAAAAUUUAGAAGAGAUUUCUCCUGCAGCUAUUGCUGAUGCCACUAAGAUUUUUGUUAAUGGAUGCUGGGUGGGAAUACAUAAAGAUCCUGAGCAACUUAUGAACACACUAAGAAAAUUGCGACGUCAGAUGGACAUCAUUGUGUCUGAGGUGUCUAUGAUCAGAGAUAUUCGUGAGAGAGAAAUUCGUAUCUAUACAGAUGCAGGCCGUAUUUGUAGACCGCUUCUGAUUGUGGAAAAACAGAAGCUACUUUUGAAGAAAAGACACAUUGACCAGUUGAAAGAGAGAGAAUAUAACAACUCCCCAAGAAACACAUACCAGUCUGCUAUGGGUAAGCAGGCCAUGGGAGUUUAUAUAACCAACUUCCAUGUUCGUAUGGAUACACUGGCCCAUGUUCUCUACUAUCCUCAAAAGCCACUUGUGACCACCCGGUCUAUGGAAUACCUACGAUUUAGAGAAUUGCCAGCAGGAAUCAACUCAAUUGUGGCCAUUGCAUCAUACACUGGAUAUAAUCAAGAAGACUCUGUUAUCAUGAAUCGCUCAGCCGUAGACCGAGGCUUUUUCAGGUCUGUUUUCUACCGCUCAUAUAAAGAACAAGAGUCUAAAAAAGGAUUUGAUCAAGAAGAAGUUUUUGAGAAGCCUACGCGUGAAACAUGCCAAGGUAUGAGGCAUGCCAUUUAUGACAAGCUGGAUGAUGAUGGGCUGAUCGCUCCAGGGGUCCGUGUAUCAGGAGAUGAUGUUAUCAUCGGCAAAACAGUCACCUUGCCUGAAAAUGAAGAUGAGCUGGAGAGCACCAACAGGCGCUAUACCAAGAGAGACUGUAGCACUUUCCUUCGAACCAGUGAGACAGGCAUUGUGGACCAGGUGAUGGUAACUCUGAACCAAGAAGGAUACAAGUUUUGCAAAAUAAGGGUGCGCUCUGUUAGAAUCCCACAGAUUGGAGACAAAUUUGCUAGUCGUCACGGCCAGAAGGGUACUUGUGGUAUUCAAUAUAGACAAGAGGACAUGCCUUUCACCUGUGAAGGUAUCACUCCUGACAUCAUCAUAAAUCCCCAUGCCAUCCCCUCUCGAAUGACUAUUGGUCACUUGAUUGAAUGUCUUCAAGGAAAGGUAUCAGCUAACAAGGGUGAAAUUGGUGAUGCCACUCCAUUUAAUGAUGCUGUUAAUGUCCAGAAGAUUUCUAAUCUCCUGUCGGAUUAUGGCUACCAUCUCAGAGGAAAUGAGGUCCUCUACAAUGGGUUCACUGGUCGAAAAAUCACCUCACAAAUUUUUAUUGGCCCAACUUACUACCAGCGCUUGAAGCAUAUGGUGGAUGACAAAAUUCAUUCUCGUGCUAGGGGACCUAUUCAGAUCCUGAAUAGACAGCCUAUGGAAGGUAGAUCUCGUGAUGGUGGCUUGCGCUUUGGAGAAAUGGAACGUGACUGUCAGAUUGCCCAUGGAGCAGCCCAAUUUUUAAGAGAAAGAUUGUUUGAGGCUUCCGAUCCCUAUCAGGUUCAUGUGUGUAACCUUUGUGGAAUUAUGGCAAUUGCUAACACCAGGACACAUACGUAUGAAUGCAGGGGUUGCCGAAAUAAAACCCAGAUUUCUUUGGUGCGAAUGCCUUACGCGUGCAAACUGUUGUUUCAGGAACUUAUGUCUAUGAGUAUUGCACCUCGAAUGAUGAGUGUUUAACUCUUCAAAGACUCUAGACAAGAUAUUUGGGAAUCUGUCUUGUUUCUGUGGAUGCUUUAAAAAUUACAAAAUUACUGCAUUGCAGUUAAAAGCAUUUGUUUUAUUGAUAUGCAUGUAAAUAGGUAAUAAAUUUUUAUAGAUGUC